GCUUGGACAAGGCUCGCGGCUUUGCUGCUACACGGUCGCUCUGGCACGGUGCACAGAAAUAGAGGCAGAAGAAUCCAUGAGAGAAAGCGCGUGAGCCCAGGGACUUAGUAGAAGGCUGCUGGUGUCUGGCUUCGUGGGUCGGCGAGCUGGCCAGAUGCCGCGAUAGAGCUCCACCAGGCUCCAGCACUUUGCUCCGCGCAUGCAGAGGCUUGCGUCUGCACUUGCGCUGCCACGUCUCAGCGUACUAAUUACCCGACCACCGCACUCGGGCAACCGAACAGAGCGGACCGCCUGGGAGAUCGGAGGGGGCCACUGCGAAGGGGGUCAAAAGUGUGCGCAGUUGUGUGCACAGUUUUGGCAUCAAGGUCGAGGGGUUUGACCUUCUGGCCAUACUAAGAACAGCCAAAGCAACACUGUCAGACAAAGAGCGUCUGGAACGUAGUGGGGGCAGAAUGCGGGCGGAUCCAUCGCCCGCACCCUUAUCCUUGUAGAAGUUGUCUCAUGGCAUUUUUUCGCGACAUCCGAUGUCGCGAAUUUGCGAAAUCGGAUACAAGAAUCUUGGAACAAGAUCCAAGCACCCGGGUCAAGCAAAUGAGCUCGCGAGAGCUCUCAAGCAAAGGCG